UGAGUUUCUGUGACGUCGCCACGCAGCAGCCGCGAGGUGUUGGGAUUUUUCACAUUUUCUGUGCACAAAACGGAGUGCUGAUUACGCUUUCUGAUAAGAAUCGGAAGCACUUGUGAGUAUUGAUAAAUUAUUAAAGAUAUUUGCUUUCUCGGUGCAAUUAAAGUGAUCUCUGGCAGCAGACAGUGAAGACAAUUCGCGGAGGAGUAGAGAACGUGAAGACACUGAUCAGGAUCAGGAGGAGAUAAUGGCCAAAUUUGACGAGAGAAUUGGAUUCUUGGGCGGAGGAAAUAUGGCAUUUGCCAUUGGAUCUGGCAUGGUGAAUCGAGGACUGGUGAAACCCUCGCAAAUUCUCGCCUCUGGACCUCAUCUUGAGAAUCUCAGGCGCUGGAAGGAGAUUGGAUCUGAAAUAACAGCUGAUAAUGAAGAUGUCAUCAUCAAGUGCGAUAUAAUCUUCAUUUGCGUGAAACCUCACAUUCUGGAGAAGUGUGCAGCUGAGAUCCAGAGGAAACACAUUCGCUCUAUUAGGGAUUCGGACAAGCUCUUCAUCUCCGUGAUGGCGGGAAUAUCAAUUGAUGUAAUUGAAAAGCACUUCUACUUCAUUCCGCAACUGAAAAUAAUUCGGUCGAUGCCGAACACACCGAUGCAGGUGGGCGAAGGAUGCACGGUGUUCUCGCCGGGACGCUAUGUGACGCAGCAUGACGUGGAGAAAAUCAACACGAUCCUCAAUUCGCUGGGCACGGCGCAGGAGGUGCCGGAGAAGAUGAUAAAUGCCUUCUCGGCGAUUACUGGGUGUGGCCCGGCGUAUAUUUACACGAUAAUUGAGGCAUUGGCGGAUGGGGGUGUGAAGCAGGGCAUCCCCAAGCAGACGGCCCUCCAAGUGGCCGCCCAGAUGGUCUACGGCUCGGCCAAGACGGUGCUGGAGACGGGCAAACAUCCGGCUCAGCUCAGGGAUGAAGUGUGCUCGCCGGGCGGAGCAACAAUUGCGGCAGUUCAUGAGCUCGAAAAGGGUGGAAUUAGAAACGUGUUCAUAAAUGCCGUGGAGAAAGCCACACUCCGCUCUGAAGAGCUGGGUCAGAGCAAUGCAGACUAACAGUAUCAGAAAUAUCGCCAGCAGUACUUACUCUAUAAGGCGAUAGACCAGGGGAACCACGAGCCACGACUUUAUAGACGUAGAUGGAUACGAUUGUAGGGCGGACAACAACGCAAUUGACAGCUAAAGAGAUGAUGUGCUCUCUGAGAAUUCUCAAUUUUUCCCUCCCAAAGAGCUAGAACAGAGACAAUGUUUCUUCUUGUGAAAUUGAUAAAGAAAAAAAAUGAACAUUAAUUUAAUCAAAUUGGUCAAGUUAGUAAGGCGCAAAUAAAAUCACACUUAUUUGAGCACGACAA